CAGUAUUUCGAAGACAGAAUUUACCAAAGAUCGUUUAUCUUUGCUCGAGCAAUAGACGAAAACAUGGUUUUGGGUGAAUUUUUAGCACUGGCUUUUCUUCUGCAGUUUACUGGAGCCAAAGUUUUGUCACCUCAAGAUGUGGGAAAACAAUGUCGUUUGAGUUUAUAUUCGCCAGAAAAUGGUCGCAUUGAUCAGUUGGUAGAAACACAACCAGGACAGUUCACUGCAAGCUUCGAAUGCAAUAAAGGUUAUCGAAUGAUUGGUGAUGAAAAAAUUAACUGCAUCAACGGACGUUGGGCUUCUCGUGUACCUUGGUGCAAAUCCUUGUGCCUUUUUGUUCAAUGUGAGGAGGGACAGAAAUGCAUCAUCGAUGAAAAAACAGCGAAGACGAAGUGCGUUUGCAAAAACAUCUUUGAGUGUCCCUUUGAAUACAAACCGGUUUGUGGAUCUGACCAUACAACCUAUGCAAGUAAAUGCAUAAUGGGAAUGGCUGCCUGCUCCAAAAAGCAACAGAUUAUCACUCUUGCCAAUGGAACGUGCCCGAAAGACAUUUUCGAAGACGUUAGCUGCGGUGAAUGUCCGAGAAUCAGGAUCUGUCAAGCGUUGUAUAACAGCGAUUACGCAUUUCUUGGCAAACUGAGGUCAUUCGAACAAACAGCAGAUGGAAUCUACCUCAAUUUCAAGAUCUUGGAACUCUACAAAGUCGCAGGAGCAGAAGGCACAAACACAAAAUCGAUGACAAUAUUCAAGAAGAAACAAAACAACGACUGUAACUGCGUGCCAUUGAUUCCGAAAGGGAAGGCCUAUGUGUUCGGGAAAGUUGGCUUGGAUUCGACUGGGAAGAAAACGCCUACUUUUGAUGAGGAAACGUUUGUCGAAAAGUUUUACGCACACAAGCAGAUGUCUCUCUGUUGGCUAAUUUGAGCUUUUUACGAGUGCUUAUAGAAUAAGUUUGAUCCUGAGUGUUUUUUGACAUGUAGUUGCCAUGCUUUUGUCUCAUCAUAUGUUUAUCUUUGUCAGCUCUUAUGUUUAGAUUUUUAUUAAAAAGAUGCAUAGUUAAA